GAGUGACGUCAUGUGAAGGCCUGGUGGCGCUUUGAGUGAGGCAGUGUUCAGCCAAAGCAGUCAUAAGGUGGCUUCAGGCUUUUGCAGGUCACACCUCGAUAUGUGUGAGGAUCUGCUUUGAAGUGUAACAUCUAGAGAGGCACGUGACAUUUACCGGUUGUGGGGGAACAAUUCGUGUUUGCCUUCUUACGGACUGCUAAGAAGAUAUCAAGAUUUAUGCAGAAGAUAAACUGCACAGUGGUGUUGAUAGCCUAAAAGAACGAAGAAUUGAUCAACUUUUUAUCUUGAUCCACGUGAUUGAAUUUACUGUGAUUUUAAUUCUUAUUAUACAUAUUUAGAUGUUUUAUCAUGCAAUUAAAUUAUUUACUUGUGAAUACUUUGCUAUAUUUAUCUGUGGGGGCGAUCAGUUCGUGAAAAAUGCGUACUGUGACAUUUGUAAUCCUGAAAUGUUUGUUUUCAGACAUUAGCAUCUGGUAUUUUCUAGUUACAAAGUAAUUAUUGAUUUUUUUAUUUGUGGUACAAUAAUAUAUUCCAUUUACAUGUCCCAAAACGGCGUAAUAUUAAUUAAAUGCGUAGUGUUGUGUGCUUCGAUUUUACAUUUUUAGUAGCUACACGUUAUGAGACAUAUUUGCUCAUGAUAUUGUAAUUAAAUACCGUUUUGAAGAAGGCUGACAUUAGAGCUGUCAGUUCAUACGAAUGAAGUCACGUAAAUUAAUUGAUAGGAAGCUGUAAAUUAUUUAAACUAGUUUAAAUGCGGUAUUUUUUCGAAUGUUUGAAAUAUGAUUGAAGAUAUUUUAGUGAUCACCGUGCCAAAGUUAUUAUUUUGUGGUAUCAACAAUUUCAAGUGCAAGUGCACCGACGCCCAAGGAAUCCACUCGACUCCCCCGUCAUCGAGUCAUGGAACUCAGAGUUGCAGCAAAGAUGAAAAUGACGUCUGAUUGAGAAUGUGAUAAAGUGUCGAUUUCAUGAAUCUCACCAACACAGCACCGUCAUCAUCAUCAUCAUCAUCAUCAGACGCGGGAGGGGAAGAGGAGGAUGAUGAUGGGUACCUCCACGUCACUUCCGCCUUCACGACAGCCAGAGACGCAUCGUCCAGGAACUCAGUUCGACACCGGAAACCCCUUACCCUGGGGCCAACAGGUAUUUUUUGGUCCGGCACGCAUCUGGGACAACUCUUAUCAUCACAACACACACUAACGUCUCCAGUAAGUGUUUUUGCACUAUGCAAAGACUCCGGACCACAUUCAAACGGUCGCGUACUCCAACUGGGGCCGAGAUGAAGACUCAGAGCAGUUUAGAAGUUCCCAAACAGGUUCGGUCAGCUUCCUUCGAUGAGAUCCAGUUGGAAGCUAAACGUAAUCAACAGAUGACAGAAGACAAGGACUUUGGACCAGGGGGAGGCGUCAGCGGGUUCCUUAAAGUCCCUGAGUUUCUUAAUCAGCGUUCUAAGAGUUUUGAUUCCGGUGGUUCUGAAGAUUCUACAAUGUACCUUGAAGUUCCAAGGAGGUUUCAGCGACGGAGGUCUUCAAGUGACAAGAUGCCUGCAACCUGCUUCCACUGCAGUUGUGUUGAAGAAUUCUCGAGGCUUCGGGCUGUAGCCCGAGCCGACGAACUGGCACAAAAUCAUCAAAGCCAGACGAGAUCAUCAAGUUACAGUGAUACUUCUUCCAGUGACUGGGACGAUGAUGACGAAAUGGGAUCUAAGGACGGUAGUUUCGAAGUGAACAACCCGAACACACAGUGUAGCAUUCGAGUGACUCUUUCGCCCAUUUCGCCGGGCUCCGCUUCGUUAGAAUGCCCUCCUCCUGGCGAGGAAGGUGUUCCAGGGUCACCCGCUACAAGGCGGCGUUCCAUAACGUCGCCGAAACUCGCAAGACAGGAAGCAUUCUUUGUCGUCGAACCCGGAACUAAUUCGUUAGAAAACAUCUCUGAUGUUACUUCUGAAGGAAGUGGCGUGGUCAGUGGCGGUAGUGUCGGAAGUUGCGUUGAAGGUGGCGUGGGGUUGAUUGUAGGCGACUUCUACCUCAAAGUUCCUGAGCUCAAGAGAGACCGAGCUGCAUCCGUGGACUCCUGUUUUACCAAAGUGUCUUCUAACAAUAAGACCGAGGAAUUGGACCAAGUGUUGACCCUUCAGGUCCCACAAGUUGCCCUUCGUUCCCGAUCGGUUGACAUCGUCCUGCCUACAGAUGAACAAGCGAGGUACAAGGCCCUUGCAAUGGCCAAUACGUCACCGUAUGGACCAGCUGUUAAGGGGAAAGCAGUGAGUUCGGAUGUUUCGGAGCAGCGGAUCCUCCGUUCGACACCCGACUGGAGUGAGACUGCGAACAACAGCGAGCAUUUGUGGGUACCAACCUCUGCAUCUGGAGAUUUUUGCUAUGUAGGGGAAAAUGAUUGUACUAAACAUGGACCCAGGAUGAAGUGUUCGGCGUGCAAGAUCAUUGCGCACACGAGCUGCAUUAAUAUCUUGAUGGACAGGACCAAGUUCUCUUGCAAGGCCACUUUCAGGGACGUCGGCGUACGCCAGUACCGCGAGCAGACGUGCAUCCACCACCACUGGGUUCACCGACGUUCACAGAAGGGCAAAUGCAAGCAGUGUGGCAAGUCAUUCCAAUCAAAACUUUCAUUCAGUUCAAAGGAAAUUGUUGCCCUGAGCUGUUCCUGGUGUAAGACAGCGUACCAUAACAAGGAAUUAUGUUUCAACAUUCAGAAGAUAGGAGAGGAAUGUAAUCUCGGUACACAUAGUGGAAUUGUAGUGCCUCCAUCAUGGAUCGUGAAACUGCCACGUAGAGGCAGUUUCAAAUCGAGCUUACGGAAGUCGCCAAAAAAGAAAACUUCGACUAAAAAGAAGAUGAAAGAUAAGAGUGAGAAGGACCAGAAGACGUUCGUGAUAAAGCCGAUCCCUUCGGCAAGUGUGAAACCUGUACUCGUGUUCAUCAACCCCAAAUCCGGGGGCAAUCAGGGGGCAAAACUUUUGCAAAAGUUUCAGUGGCUUCUCAACCCAAGACAGGUGUUUGAUCUUACGCAAGGAGGGCCAAAGAUGGGUUUGGAGCUUUUCCGUAAGGUGCCAAAUCUGAGGGUUUUGGCCUGCGGCGGGGACGGCACAGUUGGAUGGGUGUUGUCGGUCCUGGAUCAGAUCAGCGUCACCCCUCCGCCGGCCGUCGGAGUCCUCCCUCUGGGAACCGGGAAUGAUCUGGCGAGGUCCCUGGGGUGGGGUGGGGGUUACACAGACGAGCCGAUUUCCAAAAUUCUGUCAAAUAUUGGGGAGAGCGACAUCGUGCAGUUGGACCGCUGGGAGCUGAAGGUGGAGAAGAAUCCGGACGCAGAAGCGAACGAGGAAGGGAAGGAGAACUUGCCACUCAAUGUCGUGAAUAAUUAUUUCUCUCUUGGCGUCGAUGCCCAUAUAGCAUUGGAAUUCCACGAAGCAAGAGAGGCUCAUCCCGAGCGAUUCAACUCGAGGCUGAGGAACAAGAUGUUUUAUGGGCAAGCGGGAGGCAAGGAUCUCCUGAGGCGGAAGUGGAAGGGUCUCGCCGAGUUCGUCGCGUUAGAAUGCGACGGAAAGGAUCUGACACCAAAACUCAAGGACCACAAGGUCCAUGCUAUAGUUUUCCUUAACAUUCCAAGUUAUGGGGGUGGGACCCACCCCUGGAAUCGGACUGCUGGCGGUAUUGAGCCCGCGACUGACGACGGGCUUAUCGAGGUUGUCGGACUCACCACCUAUCAGCUUCCCCUGCUACAGGCCGGUGGUCACGGUACCUGCAUCACCCAGUGUAAAUCUGCCCGCAUCGUCACCACAAAGACAAUCCCGAUGCAGGUCGACGGUGAAGCCUGCAAACUUACGCCUUCCAUCAUCACCAUGACUCUUCUCAACAAGGCCUCCAUGUUAGCUAAAAGGAAAGGAGGAAAGUCUAACAUACAGCAAACUGCCUUGGAAACGCUGAAGGUGAAUGUCGAUCGAAUCAGUAUGUCCGAUUACGAACAGCAUCACUACGACAAGGAAUUGCUCAAACAAGCAGCUGUGCCUCUGGGAGUGAUUGAAGUGAACCCUGUGUCAGACCUGGAACAAGUGAGAAAGCUAAUCAACAAGUUGCAGGAAGAGAACAGCACUAAUACUGCAGAAAACGAACUGCAGGACAGCACUAAUACUGCAGAAAACCAACUGCAGACCAGCCUGUCUCCAGACUGGUGUUUCGUAGACUGUGAGUCUUGUUCCGCUAAGAUUAUUGUGUUAGACGUCAAUUUACGCGGCAGUAGCAGUGGAAUUUUCAUCUUGGACACGGAGCCUUCAACAUUGCCACAGACCCCAGAAGAUGACACCGCAUUCCCGUCGCCAGCAGCCAGCAUCAAACAGUCUUCUAACAGCCUGCUCGGAGAAGAGACGACGCCCGAGCUCAGUGACGAAGCAUCACGGGAAGACGAUGGCAAAUGGAACAGUGAUGGGAAAGUUAGCGAAGGAUCAAAUUCGACGCCCGAUAUUCGGCUCGCUGAUAACGACGCUCAGAUAUGGAGUGACCGGUUGGUGACGGAGUCUGAGAUCGCCAUGACGAGCAAACCGCGACAGACCACCGGAGACCAGGUUAUCAGAGACGAAGCGGAAGAUGCAGAUGAUGACGAAAAGUUGAAUCUUGAUGUUUCUACAGCGGGGGGGAAUGUGAAUUAUCUUAGCCAUCUUUUGGAAAAGACAACAGAUGGAAUUCUCAAGGCUGCUAAGUUAGGUGAUUUGAAUAUGCUGAAGGAGCUGCAUUCUCAGGGUUUCUCGCUCCUUUCCAUUGAUGCGGCAGGCCAGACGGCGCUUCACUACGGUUCUCGCUGCGGACACAAAGAUAUUGUCAAGUACCUAAUUGCCUGUGCCCCUGCUUCCAUUCUCAACAUGGCAGACAAUGAAAAGGGCCAGACCGCACUCCAUAAGGCUGCAGCCCACAAACAGCGGAGCAUUUGCUGCAUGUUAGUGGCAGGCGGAGCCUCUCUUACCCUUCCUGAUUAUCAGGGCGAUACACCUCGCCUUCUUGCGCUACGCGCUGAGGACCACGAAUUGGCAGCCUAUCUUGAGAGUCAGGAACACUUCCAGUUGGUGGCGGAAGACUUAGAGACUGUUGUCUGAGCUUAACUUGUUCGUCAGCGACAUUGGACCAAUUUAUUCUUCCCGUUUACAAAGGAAAGAACUGUUGACAAAAAAAUAAAAUAAAGGACCAAUAAUGUGUUAUUAGAGACAGAUGAAUUGAGAUGUCGACAUAUUCAGCGCUGAAUUCUGUCUCUUGAUACUGCGGUUGUUGGGCGUAAGUUUGUCGCUUAAUGCUCGACUGCUUUUAUGGUUCAUGGUUGCUCUGUAGAAAUGCAGCGACAUUGAGCUAUGAGAGCGAGUGAUGAAAUAUGGGUAAGGCUGUGCAUAUUACUGAAUUAUUGCUACAGUACUUAGAUUGUUCUAUCAUUCAUAUGCCAUCGAAAUGUUCCAGCUGUAAUACAGUCGUAUUCGGAAUGUAGAGGUUUCGUAACGUUUCAGUGAAAGUUCACGACUGUGGCCAAAAAAUGUCAGAAAGUAUAUUUUUGUCUGAAACAUAACAUGAAGUAAGUACAUUUUAAUGCAGAUGUGACCAAUUCAUCCCCCAUUCCCCUCUUUCCUUUAACAUAAAAAAUUGUGGGAACAAGGUAAAGAAAAUUAACUUAUUAAUUUCAAAAUAUUCGUAAAUUACAGAACUGGUAAUUUUAAUUUGUAAUUUCGAAAGAAAUGUUAUAAUAUGUGUGGUCUCAUAGGUAUAUUUAAAUGUUUCUUACCGUUUGAAUUACGUUGACGGAAUCCUUCUUAUGUUAAUCAAUUCGUUCUGACUGACUUAAAAGGAAACUCAUACCGGGAUAUGGCUUCCUGUGAUACGGAAAGGUGCUCGGAAACAGAGCAACGCAAAGACCGCUAACUGGCAAUGUUUACGUAACUUAAUUUGCAUUCUCACAUCCUGCGUUGUAGGGGUUAGUAAAACAUUCUGUGCUGGUACUUCGGUGAGAUAAACAGUAUCUGGGAAUUCGCCGUGUCGAGGGUGGCCAUAAUUGAAUGAUAUAGAUAUUUUUAGAAUAUUGAAACCCAUCAUAAUCUAAAUCAUAGAUUGCUUCUAUUUUCAUUGUUAUUAAAUUUAUAAAUAUGUUAAACGAGAAAGAUACCUUUUUCUGUAUCUUUUAUCGUUGUCUGUGAAAUUAUUAUCCUGCCAUUCGUCGCGUAUUUCUCUAUUCCUGAAUGAAGAAUUUUCUUUGUGUUCUACAAUUUAGUAAAUGUCACAUUUAACAUUGAAAGGAAAAUUAUAUUCGUGAUUGAUCGUACUAUUUUUGACUCCAAGAAAUGAACACCUCAUUUUCAUCUUUUAAUAGACUAGAAAUGUACCGUAGAAUUACGUUAAUAUGAAACCGGUGUGUCAGGGGUUUUCAGCACUGUGCAGCACCGCGAGGAACACGCGGUCACCCUAGGCACCCUUUGCAUUGUCUUACCAGUUCCUGCUUCCAUUGUACCUUCAUUCCGUGAUGAAGAGGUUAGAAAUGCAUUCACUCGGCUAGAAACUUAUUCAUUACUGUCGGCAGAUUCUGUCAUAGAAAAAUGAAUUUAAUUUAUCAGCCGAAUAAAAAUAAAAUUUCAUAUUACAUUAGUAUAUUUAAAUUAAGAAUAAAGUUAUCGUCAUUAAAAAAAGCUACAUAUAUAUUAACGAAAACAUUUUUUUCUGCAGCGAAAGAAAUAUUUGGCUUGUUACAUUCGUAGCUCAGGAUGUCAAGCGAAAGCUAAAUAAGUAUGAAUUUUGUGAAUGGUUACAUGUAAUUCAUUAACAAAUAUAAUUACACUCUAGAAGUAAAUUAUUGCUGUAAGUCACACAGUAGUUAGCCGAGGUAAAAAUCAGUAAACCUUGUUAUUGUACAGUAAUUAACAGUAUUAGUUUUAUUGAUCAAUGGAGAAUGUUUGGAAUACCGAGAUAGAUACGUGUGUUGUAACGUAAUCGCACUUGAAAUUAGCGACCCUUGUUUAGUCUGUGUGACACAUUUACUUGACAAACGUAGGUUUUGCGAUAGCAAUAACGUGAGUGGUAUACUUUUCAUUUUGCGUAGCAUCUCCGCACAUCCCCUGGUGAAAGGAGUAGUUUAGUUAAUUUUUCUGUGGACGUGAGAAGUGUUACGGAGAAAUUGAAGUUUUCAUACGGAAUUUUGUACCAGUAGCCAGUGUCUUGUGUGGGCCCUUGUCUUCAGGUGUCAAGAGAGGGGGGACGGGGGACUGACUUACCUUGUUGGAUGUCGUACGCAGCCCGACUUAGUUCUUGAAUCAUAUACAAUUUGCAGAUUCAGAUGUUCUAAUUUAUUAAAAAAAAUAUUUAAGCUUCGAUACAUGCCACAUAGUUUAACUUGCGUAUACGUUUUAUAUUUAAGUUAAAUAAAGUCGGACAUGUUUUAUUUCCGUCUUAAAUCAUUGUCUUGAAUUAUUUAUACGACCUAAUUGUUCCAGCGUUUUCUAUAAAAGUUAAUUGUUUUGGUUUGCGAAAUACUUCCAUUACAGAUUAUGUUCUUCAGAAAUUAAUUUUAUCUUAUGUUAUUAAAAAUAUUUUCUUACAUUUGGCUCGGUAAAAAUUUCUGAGUCUCUUGUCACUCGCAAAGACCUGAUUUAACAUAACCCAACUUUCUAAUCUUGAAUUGUGGCUGUGUUUUGUGCGUAUAAUUUCUUCUUACAUUACUAUUUAAAGUAUAUUACAGUAUUAACAAAGUAAUCUAAUUUUUUCUUUUAAGAAUCAUGAAAAAUGAUUGUAAAACUUGUUUUUAUUAAAUGAGAAAACUCUUUGUCCCCUUGAGUAAACAGAUCCGCAGUUUUACCCAGUUCGUCUCACUCACGUCUACUCCGAUACUGUACGUACAUACUUCAUUUUGCUUGCCAGGUCCUUGUUAUUAGGAUUGUAAAAGUAUUUCAUAAAAUCUUUUAAUCACAUAUAUAUUAUUCAAUUUACAAAAAAAGUGUAAGUUAAUUUUCCAACUGAAGUGAUAUAUAAUGUAUUUAUAUUCUAGAAUGCCUAGUAAACACACGAUUCAGUAAUCUUUCACGAUUAUAGUGUUAGUUUUUGUUGAAUAUGAAGUUGGUGGAUUUUUACCGCCUUAAUUGUAGAAAAAUAGUCGGUAGAUUGUAUAUUUUUGUCAAAAGGUGAUGACAAAAAUAAGUAUACAUUCCUUCACACUAGAGUCAAUAUUAUGGAGCAAAAAUUAUGUGCCCCAUUAAAUUUCCCUAUUCUCUUGCCAUAAAGAGAAUGUUCAUGUUCACAUGUAUAAUGACACCAAACGCUUUUAAACUUGAAAGAGUAUAAAUACUAUCUAUUUUUACCUUUGAAUAUGAAUGUAGUAGUUGGAUACUAUUAGAAUUGAUUGUCUUGUUCUAAACAAAAAAAACUAAUGGCCUUGCACUCGCUUCCUUUGAGAAUUACGUAGGAGAAUUUUUCCACGAACUUAUUUAUGAUUAUUUCUUAUUUCUGUUUUUUUCGGGAUCGUCAUAAUGUAUACGUCUUUACUCGCUAUUUGAGUUAGGUAUGGGUUUGACCCAUGUGCCGAGUAGUUUCUUUGAAACCACAUAUUGCCAAUACUGUAUAUAGUCGAUAACUUAUUGCAGAUUGUUCGAUCUGGAUGCACUCG